AUGAAGGUUGAGCUGUGCAGUUUCAGUGAGUACAAGAUCCACCCUGGACACGGGAGGCGCCACGCCAGGACUGACAGGAAGGUUUUCCAGUUUCUUAAUGCAAAAUGCGAGUCAGUGUUCCUUUCUAAGAGGAAUCCUUGGCACAUAAACUGGACUGUCUUCUACAGAAGCAAGCACAGAAACAGACAGUCGAAAGACAUUCAAAAGAAAAGAACACGCCGAGCAGUCAAAUUCCAGACGGCCAUUACUGGUGCAUCUCUUGCUGUUAUAAUGGCCAAGAGGAAUCAGAAACCGGAAUUUAGAAAGGCUCAGCAAGAACAAGCUAUCAGGGCUGCUAAGGAAGCAAAAAAGGCUGAGAGAGCAUCUAAAAAGAUUCCAGUGGCUGCUGCUAAGCCACCUACAAGGCAGCACCUAAGCAAAAGAUUGUGA